AUGGAGGUGAAGCAGGAGGUGAUGGAGGUGAAGGAGGUGAAGCAGGAGGUGAUGGAGGUGAAGCAGGAGGUGAUGGAGGUGAUGGAGGUGAAGCAGGAGGUGAUGGAGGUGAAGCAGGAGGUGAUGGAGGUGAAGCAGGAGGUGAUGGAGGUGAAGCAGGAGGUGAUGGAGGUGAAGCAGGAGGUGAUGGAGGUGAAGCAGGAGGUGAUGGAGGUGAUGGAGGUGAUGGAGGUGAAGCAGGAGGUGAUGGAGGGCUGUGGUGCUGCUGUGGUGUAUGCCAGGGCUGUGGUGCUGCUGUGGUGUAUGCCAGGGCUGUGGUGUAUGCCAGGGCUGUUGUGUAUGCCAGGGCUGUGGUGCUGCUGUGGUGUAUGCCAGGGCUGUGGUGUAUGCCAGGGCUGUGGUGUAUGCCAGGGCUGUGGUGUAUGCCAGGGCUGUGGUGUAUGCCAGGGCUGUGGUGCUGCUGUGGUGUAUGCCAGGGCUGUGGUGUAUGCCAGGGCUGUGGUGCUGCUGUGGUGUAUGCCAGGGCUGUGGUAUAUGCCAGGGCUGUGGUGCUGCUGUGGUGUAUGCCAGGGCUGUGGUAUAUGCCAGGGCUGUGGUGCUGCUGUGGUGUAUGCCAGGGCUGUGGUGUAUGCCAGGGCUGUGGUGCUGCUGUGGUGUAUGCCAGGGCUGUGUGGUGCUGCUGUGGUGUAUGCCAGGGCUGUGGUGCUGCUGUGGUGUAUGCCAGGGCUGUGGUGUAUGCCAGGGCUGUGGUGCUGCUGUGGUGUAUGCCAGGGCUGUGGUAUAUGCCAGGGCUGUGGUGCUGCUGUGGUGUAUGCCAGGGCUGUGGUAUAUGCCAGGGCUGUGGUGUAUGCCAGGGCUGUGGUAUAUGCCAGGGCUGUGGUGUAUGCCAGGGCUGUGGUGUAUGCCAGGCUAACCCUACAGUAG